GCAGAGUAAAUCACAUAGGACAAUAAUAUUUUACUGCAUGGCUGCCAAUGGUUUAACUUUGGCUAAAAAACAUCCAUUUCAAUAAUAAAACAGACACGCGUCACACACGUUUAAUGUUAGAAAUAUCUUCAAAUCAGACUUGGGCAUCUCUGAAAACGUUUACUGCUUCGACCAAUCAGUGUUCCGUCUCGAGAUCCUGUGGACCAACCAAAACGCGCCGUUCGCGUAAUAGACAAGGAGGUAUCUGCCACUUCAUAGACGUCUCAGUAGUUUGAGAAGUCGCGCUCGUGCUUAACGAAUGUUAUUAACAAUAAUGAUGAUAAUUAUCACCGCAUCCGUUAUACCGUAUAGGCUAUAAUGUGAAUAACGACGAAAGACCACAGACGAAAUGAGAGACUAAAUUUUAUUUAUCGUUUACUGUAUUCUCAUCUACUUUUUUCUUGACGGAUACAAACUCCAGACUCGGAACUUACAUUUAAGGAUUUUUAAUUGAUCGUCUAUGCAUUUAUAAAGCUCUUCUGGUUUGUGCACGUGUGUGGUUUUGUUAACAGUCCCAGGAUGAUGCGUCCAUCUCUCCCUCACAACUUUCAUCACAGCGGCUUCCCAAUGGAGGUUUCUACUCCAAUAGGCCAGGGUCGAGUCAACCAGCUCGGAGGAGUUUUUAUUAAUGGUCGACCUUUACCGAAUCACAUUCGACACAAGAUAGUGGAGAUGGCCCAUCACGGGAUCCGACCGUGCAUGAUAUCCCGCCAGCUGAGAGUCUCUCACGGCUGCGUCUCCAAAAUCCUGUGCCGCUAUCAGGAGACCGGAUCCAUUCGCCCCGGAGCUGUCGGCGGGGGUAAAUCCAAGACUUCAUUUCCAGUCGUGGAGAAACGCAUUGAGGAAUAUAAACGGGACAAUCCAGGAAUGUUUAGUUGGGAAAUCCGGGAUAAAUUGCUUAAAGAAGGAAUCUGUGACCGGAACAACGUACCCUCGGUGAGUUCAAUAAGCCGCAUUAUGAGAAGCAGAUAUGGCACAAAAGUUGACGAUGAGGAUGAAGAUGAAGAGGAACAGGAAGAACAUACGCACAGAAGCGAACAUAGCAUCGAUGGAAUUCUGGCAGACAGAUCAAAUCUGUCUGGUGAAGGUUCAGACGUGGAGUCAGAGCCUGACCUGCCGCUAAGAAGAAAACAGCGACGCAGUCGCACAACCUUCACUGUAGAGCAACUAGAUGAGCUGGAGAGAGCGUUUGAACGCACACACUACCCUGAUAUCUACACCAGAGAGGAGUUAGCACAGAGAGCCAAACUCACAGAGGCACGAGUGCAGGUGUGGUUCAGUAACAGGCGAGCUCGAUGGAGGAAACAAGUGGGAGCCAAUCAGUUAAUAGCAUACAAUCACCUGAUUCCUACUGGUUUUUCACACCCGGCAAUGUCAAAUCUGUCUCCAUAUCCGCUGUCAGAGAGUCCGUACACACCUGCUGGCCUUUCUCAAGAUUCAAGUACUGUUCACAGACCUCAGCCCCUCCCACCACCAUCAAGCCACCAGAGUUCAGGAGGGGUGGGGCAAGAGGGCGGAGCUUCUUACUGUAUCUCCGGUCAUCAUGGUUAUGCAGGAUAUUCAGAGAGCUUUGGACCACAUAACAGGCCCACUAACUCAACCAUCAAUAAUGGAUUAUCUUCCCAGGUUAUGGGACUGUUAGCCUCAGCCGGAGUUCCUCACCAGACCCAGGCGGAGUACUCUCUGUCCUCUUUUGGCACUCUGGAGUCAGGCAGUUCCCCUAGCGCUCACUGUGAACCUUUGUCUGGUCUACAAACUCUCGCCAACUUAUCCAGUACACAGUCUUACGGUCCACCCUCCUUCUACAGCAUGGAGCAUAGCGCCCCCUACCAGUACACACAGUAUGGACAAAAUUCCUUUCAUUAUCUGAGACCUGAAAUUGCCUGAAAAACUGAGAAGUUCAACUCUUCAAAAGUGCCGUCUGAUGUCCUGGAUGAAAGAGUCCAAUAUUAAGUUUUCCCACACUUUAAAUAAAACAAAAAUUAAACACAGGAGAAAAAAAUAAAAGCUGAUUUAGUAAUUAUAAAUAGAAAUAUUUAUGCUACAAAAACCUUCACAUAAAUCUGGGGAGCUAUAUGGGAUGUCUUUCUAAAAUAUUCAGUUUUUUUAAAUCCAGAUAAACAGUAUCAAAACAAAAAUAAACAAGGAGACAAGUUUAUCCACUUUUUAUAAGUUUAAGUGCAAUAUAUGAGAUCUAGAAAUGCUUCAAAUGAAACAUUUACAGGUGUUUCAUCUUUAGUAUCAGCUGUCAUCCAAUGUUAAAGAACGAGAACAUUCAGAUGAUGCCAAACUGAGGUUGGGCUGGAUCCAUCGCUCUUGGCCCACAUGUUGUAAAUAAAUAACAAAUGUUUGAUGACAAUGAAGUGUUUUUAUACAGCUGUUGUUUUUCUCAAGCACAUUCCCUGCUGUUUGAAGGAUGUUUUUGAUUCCUUAAAUAAGGACGAUGGAAAUUUUUUUAGUAUUUUUUGGAAACAUAUUUUCUUAUAAAGCGAGUUUGAAUUUAUUUUCCAAAUUUUACCCUUUACAUGCUGUACCAGUGUUAUAUUUUUGUGAUUCUAGGCAAGCACAUUGUGGCUAUAAGUCGAAUUGUUAUGAAAUCUAUAUUUUUAUAAUGAUUUAAACUGAAAAUUGCAAUACAAACAUGGUUGUUGGGUUUUAGCACAACUAGGCAUUUCAAGGUAUACCGAGGUUUUAAAGAGUCAAGGUUUCAAAACCACUAACAUUAUCUGUAAUACCGUUUGCAAGGUAUGAGCUGGGUUUACACAAAAUUAAUUAAAUCAUUAAGUCAUGUAAUUUACAUUUAAUAUGUAUUACAAAAAUAUUUUUUUGAAAGAAAAUUAUAAUUUAAAGGCUUUAUUUUCACCCAGCAUAUAUGUUGUAUGUUGCUUAAAAAUAAAAUGUAUUAUGUCCAAUUAAAAUGUUUUUGUUUGUAUACGUCUGAAAAUAAAUGGCAAAACCGCAAUUCUGUGAAACCGUGGUAUUUUUGCCAACAUGAUCUCACAAAGUUCCGUGGGAUAGUCACGGAAUUUUGUGCUCAUUUUCCGUGGCAUUCUCACGGAUCUCUGCAUUUUUCCGUGGCCCUGCUACGGACUGUCUUUUUCCGUGGCAUUCUCACGGAUUGGUUAGUCAACUGCUUUUUCCUAUUUUCAAACCAUUUUCGCUUCGGUUUAGGGUUAGAUUUGGUGUUUGCAUUAGUAUGUCACUUUAACUAUUGUUUUAUACUAUUUUUUCUGAUUUAUUCUUUUAUAUUUUCUAAACUUUAAACCAUUGUCGCCUGGCGUUGGGGUUGGAGUUGGGUUUGGGUAGGGAUGUCAUUUAAAUCUAACCCUAAACCGAAGCGAAAAU